UGCACGAGAAAAUUGGCAAACUGAAUGAGGCGUGCGACGUUGGAACAGCACUGGCGAGCUUUUUCGAGAAAGAAAUGCUAUUUCACUGAAAAUAAGGUCACGUUCUUUUUUUCCUUUUGCUUGCCGAAUUCCAUGAAGACUUUGCAGUGGCUCCGAGCUGCGAGCCUGAGAUCUACCUCCCCCUUCCUCACUCUAUCCAUCCCAAUCCAAUGCUGCGCCGCAACCCCACCCGCAUCGAGCUCCGGUCAUCCGACCGCGACGAGCUCGAAGACCACCUCCGCGCCGCCGCCGCUACCACCACCCCAGCACCCGCCACCCCCACCAGCUACACCACGCCGCCCCCGCACACCUCCUCCUCCUCCAACCCCCUCCUCCACCUCCUCCACCCGCCGCCCGGCGCCGCGCCUUCCAAGGCCCAGCGCAUCGGCUUCUCCACCCCGACCCCCUCGAACCCCCCAAGGCCCUCCUCCUAGCUCCCCCCCAAUCCCAAUGGAGGUCGAGAUCAAGCUCCGCCUCCCCGACGCCGCCGCCCACCGCCGCCUCUCCUCCUUCCUCGCGCCCCGCCUCCGCCGCACCCACGCCCAGCGCAACCUCUUCUUCGACGCCGCCGCGCGGCCCCUCGCCGCGGCCACCGCCGCGCUCCGCGUCCGCCUCUACGGCCCCGACGACCGCGCGCCCCUCCGCGCGGUGCUCGCGCUCAAGCGCCGCCCGCGCAUCGACGCCGGCGUCAGCCGCGUCGAGGAGGUCGAGGAGCCGCUCGACCCCGCCCUCGCGCUCGCCUGCGCCGACGACCCCGCGCGCCUCGGCGGGGUCGACUCCCCGAUCGUCCGCCUCGUCGCCGCCGAGUACGGCGUCGGAGGGGACGCCGCGCCCUUUGUCUGCCUCGGCGGGUUCCGGAACACGCGCGCCGUCUACGAGCUCGAGGACGACGGCCUCGUGCUGGAGCUCGAUGAGACGCGGUUCGAAUUCGGGACCAGCUACGAGCUUGAGUGCGAGACGGCCGAGCCUGACCGGGCCAAGGAGGUGCUGGAGCGCCUGCUCACGGUUGCCGGCGUGCCGUACGAGUACUCUCGGAGCAAUAAGUUCGGCUGCUUCAUGGCAGGGAAGCUGCUUCCUUGACUAGGCAUCUAUGUGUUCUGGGUAGUAUUCUCUUCGCCCGAUUAAACAACUUAGUCACAGUAACAUUCUGUUUAAGGAAGGAAGGCUUCUCAAUUUGUAUCAACUUGAUGUCAAAAUCUUGAAUUUGGUAAAAAUUUCCCCUAUCGGAGAAAGGGCUUCUCUCCUCAA